CAGAGAAGAAGAGAUAUGGGUGAUAAAGAUGACGGUUUGGGGUUGAGCUUGAGCUUGGGAUGUGCUCAAAAUCAGCCUUCUUUGAAGUUAAAUCUCAUGCCUCUAGCUUCACCACGCAUGCAAAAUAUUCAGGCCAGGAACACUUGGAACGAGCUGUUUCCGUCUUAUGAUCGUCACUUGGAUACGAGGUCAUCCUUUCGAGGAAUAGAUGUGAAUCGGGCUCUCACAACUGUCGAUUACGAGGAGGAAGGCGUGGUAUCGUCGCCGAACAGCACCAUUUCUAGCAUAAGUGUAAAGAGGAACGAGAGAGAUAACGUGGGUGAUGAAACCGAGGCCGAGAGACCUUGCUCUCAGGCUAGCGACGAUGAAAAUGGUGCCACCGGUGAUGCUUCCAGAAAGAAACUCAGGCUUUCCAAGGAACAGUCCUUGUUGCUCGAAGAGACCUUCAAGGAACAUAGCACCCUUAAUCCGAAACAAAAGUUGGCACUGGCAGAAGAAUUGAAUCUGAGGCCUAGGCAAGUGGAGGUCUGGUUCCAGAACAGAAGGGCCAGGACAAAGUUGAAGCAGACGGAAGUUGACUGUGACUAUCUCAAGAGAUGUUGCGAGAAUCUGACCGAGGACAACCGGAGAUUGCAGAAGGAAGUGCAUGAUCUUAGAGCAUUAAAAUUAUCCCCGCAGCUCUACAUGCACAUGAACCCACCCACUACCCUCACUAUGUGCCCGUCUUGCGAGCGCGUGGCAGUUUCUUCUUCGUCAUCGAUGCCAUCCUCUGCGGUACCGGUCUCCUCCACCCCAGCCCCCACUUCAGCAGUUCCGAACCAACAACAGCUGAUGCCUGUUAGUCCUUGGGCAGCAAUGCAGAUUAGGGCAAAGGUGAGAAGCAGAAAUGGAAGGAUGGUGUUAACAUCAAUAGAUUCAUGAAGGAAUAAUAAAGAUAUGGAAAGGUAAGACUUUGUUUUAACCCUUUUAUGAAACUUAUUGGUAAGCUUUUUCCAUGUGAAUUGUUGUCCAAUGAAACAUUGGUCAGAUUCCCAUUUCCAGCUGUUUUCUA